UGUCGUCCUCUCUGAGACAGCCAUCGCCAUCGUGAGUUCUAAUUACACCGUUGAACUGAAUCAGUGCUUCCCCGACUUGACCUAUUCCAACUCCCAUUUUGUGUCGCAUUCUAACAUCAACCUCUGUCGAUAAGCGACUAAGAUCGACAUCUUCUAGCAAUGGCCGAAGGAACUUGGGAGAAGUUGUCCCAGGUCGCUGUCCUGGGUGCUAAAUACGACUCCCCUGAACGCCAGCCCCAUCCAAAAUGUUUGGAAGGGACCCGAGUGGACAUUCUCAAACUCAUCUGCGGAUUGUUGGACAAGCGAGAUAAGAGUCAGAUCAUUUGGCUGCAUGGCACGGCGGGCGUCGGAAAGUCUGCUGUGGCGUUCACUGUGGCCAAGAGGAUGAAAGGUCUGAUGAUGACGGAGACGACAAAAAUCGAAACAAGGCUCGCGGGAACAUUCUUUUUCUCGCGCAAGCACACGAAACGCAGCACCACCGGUCAUUUCUUUGCGACUUUUGCUUACCAGCUUGCGAGCAAUUUCCCCAGCGUCAAGAAUGACAUGAACAAAGCUAUCCGCGAGACUCCAGUGAUUCUAGACUCCAGCGAGUCUCUUCGCGACCAAAUGAUGGCGUUAUUUCGUCGACCCCUCUGGCACCUGCAAUUCAGGCUGCGCGAGUGUCCGCCUCCGGUGUUUGCUGUCGAUGCCCUCGAUGAAUGCCAACCUGCAACGGUCGCCGAUCUGAUCUCCCUCCUUGGAGAAGCUCUUCGUGAUCCUGAACUUCCCGUGUUCCACAUUCUUUUCACGAGUCGCUUGGAGGAGCAUAUCCGUAAAUCCAUUCAAAAAGAAGAGAUGCACCCGCUGGUGUACGAGAUACCGGUGAACACUUCUGAGGAGGGCGUUGCUGGCAUUAUUUCAUUAGACGGCGAAGAUGUGGACAAUGACAUCUGUACAUUUUUGCAGCAUUCCUUCAUGGAGUUGCGAAAUCGCCAUCCUGAUUUCCUUCAGCCCACUGCAGAUAAACUUGCGCGGCUGGCGAACCGAGCUGGCAGACGUUUCAUCGUGGCAUCUACAAUGAUAAAGUUCGUCAAUGACGGAUACAAUGACCCCCAGGAUCGCCUUGAGCUCAUGCUUGAGCUGACCAAUGAACUUCUACCUGGGACGGAAGUGUAUGAGCUAUACAACCGCAUCCUCUCCACCUGUUCGAACCCCAAUCGGGCAUACCAGCACUUGUCCAUUGUUGCUGCCCUCGCAGACCCUCUGCCAAUCUCACAGAUUUCGAAGCUCCUUGGUCCUGGUCAAGGCAGCGAUGUCGAGGCCACGCUGAAACAGCUACGUUCUUUCAUGGAUAUCCCCGCUGACAGCAGCCAUCCUGUGAACAUUUACCACUCGUCCAUUCGAGACUAUUCUUCAGACUCCUCAAACUGCAGCCUCCCUGAAUUACAACCCAUCCUACCACAUUCUCUGCUCGCCUAUUCGUCUUUCCGCUUGAUGAUUCAAGACAUCCCAGCACGCACUGCUCUCAUGGACGCGCUCCUAAAAUUGAAGUCGCAGAAUCAGGCUAUGCAACCCCAUGACCCCCGAAACUUGCAACAAUCGUUAGCCUUCAUCGUUGAGCCACCAGAGCCGCUGCAAGUUCUCAUGGGCCUGUUAUGGCAUCGGGGAGCUCGCAGGUCGGGUUUGCGGUCCUGGCUACGGACUUUUGACGGACAUGCGUGGCUGCAGACCCAAUGUGGGGAACACUAUUUGCAGACACAGAAGGGGGAAGACUGGCUGCAGACCCGGGAUUGGCUACAGACACAUACGGGAAUCACUUGAUUGGGGACCAAGAGGGGGCAAGGGUGGCUACAGAGUAGGCCAGGGUGGCUGUGGUCUCAAAGGCAGCGACAAGUCAAUGGAGACCCUAGCGAGUACGUGCCGGAGAUUUGUAGCGAAGAAGCCUUGCUGGAGACCAUCAGCGGGCAACGCUGGCUGAUUGAGACGCAGACUGG